AAGUACAAUGAUCAUCAGGGCACUAAUGACCAGUGUAGCCCCAUCAUUGCCACCUGCCAGUGCCCAUCAAUGCCACCUGCCAGUGCCCAUCAAUGCCACCUGCCAGUGCCCAUCAGUGCCACAUAUCAGUGCCCAUCUGAGCUGCCUUUCAGUGCCACCUAUCAGUGCCAGUCAGUGCUGCCAAUCCGUGCCACCAAACAGUGCCGCCUAUCCGUGCCACCUAUCAGUGCCAUAUACGAGUGCUGCCUUUCAGAGCCCAUCAGUGAUGCCUGUCAAUGCCCAUCAGUGCCACCUACCAGUGCCUCCUGAUCAGUGCUGCCUAUCAGUGCCCAUCACUGCAGCCUCAUUAGCGCACAUCAGUGGAGAAGAAAAAUCACUUAUUUACAAAAUUUUAUAA